CUUACGCCUAGUAUAUAUACGUGUUGGUGCUCAUCGGCCCAUGAAUCGGGAACGACCGGCCAGCAGCAGAUCCAAGGAAGCAUGGAUCAGACGCCAGCGGGGACGACGGGGAAGAAGGCGAGGAAGCCGUACACCAUCACCAGGCCAAGGGAGCGAUGGAGCCCCGACGAGUUCGGCCGCGACUGGAAGAAGAUCGAGGAACACGUCCGCACCAAGACCACCGUACAGAUACGCAGCCAUGCACAGAAGUACUUCCUCAAGGUGCAGAAGCUCGGCCUCGCCGCCGGGCUGCCACCGCACCACCCGAUUCGCAGCCUCGGCGUGGCGCAGAGCACGGCGGCCGCGAGCGUCGCGGUUCCAGGUCCGAUGAUGGUUCUCCACGGGCAGCCGCAGGAGUGUCCACCCGGUGCCCUUCUUCAGAGUUCCAUCGGGUGGAGCUGCCCCGGCCUUCUUCCCGCAUCCAAUGACAUGCAGAGUUUCAACUGGGAAGGCAGUUCGGGCCCUUCUUCAGCCUGGGCGGCAGUCCAUCAUCGUCAUCGUCAUCCAUGGGAGCACCGAGAUUCGGCAACACGAGCAUGGAUUGGGCUGGCACCGGCAACGCGACCGAAGCGACGGCGAUAGCCGAUGCAGAGGACGACACAAUUCCACUCCCGUUGUCGCCUGAUGAUAUGCAUUUCGCAACAUCAAGUUUUCCCCUGUUCUGCUCUGCAUAUUUUUCACCAAGGAAUCAUGAAAAUGCACAUGCAAGGGGAAACAUGGAAAGUUCUUUGAAUGCCAUGAGUAUCACUACACUAGUGGGGCGUUAGAUGUUUGACGCUCAAACUUUUGUUGAAUAUGAAUUGCACGUAUAACCUGUCUUACUUCCUAUGCAAGUAUAGUGAUUUAUUUAUUUAUCAAAACAAUGAUUUUCCUCAUUUGUGGUUGUAAUUUCUGUGUGUUUACUGAAUUGGAAUCUGGAUUUUUUUCGAUUAACGAAGCUGAAUUGGGGAUUGUCGAUGCCCGGCGUAUUGGUUACCGAGUCGGUCUC